AUGGCUGGGGUGGUGGAGCUGAUGCAGGUGGUGGAGGAGUGCUGCGCGGCGCUGGCAGGAGAGGACGCCGGGCUCCCGGCGCCGCUGCGGAGCGGCCUGCUGCAGGACCUCGUCGUGGCGGCGUGGGGCGUGGUGCGGCGGUACCCGGCGAAGUUCUCCGGGAGCCGCACGAUGUACGGGGCGUUCUUCCGCGCGGCGGUGAAGCGGGAGGACGUGCUGGAGGGGCUGGACGGCCUGUGGGACGAGCUGGUGCCGGCGUCGUCCAUCGUCGCGUCGCAGCUGACCCAGGCGGCCUGGGGCACCGUGGGGGACCCGGAGCCCCUGGCCGUGCUGGCGCUGUUCGCCCCGGCGCCGACGGCCUGCGCGCUGGACGCGCAGCAUCCGGCGGCCAUCCUGGCCUGCACGUCGCACCCCGACCUGCCCGGGGCGCGGCGGGUCAGCGGCGUCGCGCUGGCGGCCUCGGUGCUCAAGCACGUGCUCCGCAACGACACGCCCGAGGGCCACGACGGGAGCGCGGCGCAGCUCCAGCGCGUGCGGCAGUGGUGGCUGCUGGUGGCGCUGCUGCCGCAGGUCGACGCCGCCACUGCGGAGGCCAUCGCCAACGCCGCCGUGCUCGAGCUGCGGAGCGCCCGCGUGGUGCCGAAGACCCGCGUCCUCGUGCAGAACGCGUGGGCGACGGCCUGCGCGCUGCACCCCGACGCGGGCGCCACGCUGCCGCUGCUGCUCGCCACCCUCCGCGCGCCCGCCACGCAGUUCCGCCUCGCGGUGAGCUCCAUCAUCGUGGCGGCGCACCUCCUCGUCGGCGGCGCGGCGGCGGAGCAGGCGCUGCUGCCGGCGGCGUGGCGGGAGAGGCUCCUCGGGGCGGUCGUCGGGUGGAGCCUGGCCAUGCCGCACGCCGCGCGGACCCACGCGCAGCUGGUGCUGGCGGAGUACCUGGACGCCCAGGAGGCGCGCGGGGAGCCGGUCGGCGGCAGUGCGGCGGAGGCCUCGCUGCUGGGGACGCUGCGGGCGUUCCUCGCGGGCAACCCGCACCUGAGCGCCCUCCGGUCGGAGGCCGGGCUGGAGAAGCUGGUCUCGGUCUACCUCGCCCCCUCCGCGCGGGGAGGCCGCCUCGCGGCCCCGCUGCCGCCGUUCGAGCCGCUCUCCGUGGAGACGCGGGUGCUGAAGGCGCUGCGCCUGGUCCAGGGGCGCUUCGGUGAGCUCGACGGCGAGGGUGCGGACGCUUCGGCGCCGACGGGGAGCGGGCGCUGCCCCGCGCGGGACCGCGGGGACGACAGCGACGACGCCGCGGACGACGAGGACGGCGCCGCGGGGAGCCAGGACGGCGAGGCGCCGGGGGACCCGACGCACCAGCGCCGCCCGACGCCCGGGCGGCCGGCCAAGGCUGCCCGGGCGAGGAUCUGCGUGGUGGGGUCGUUCUUGGACAACCUCCCGAACCAGGCCGGGCUGUGCAGGACGGUGGAGGCGCUGUUCGGGCCGCAUGCGGAGGUCACCCUCGCGUCCCUGAAGUGCACCGCGGAGCCGGCGUUCCUGCGGAUGUCCAUGGCGAGCGAGCGGUGGCUGCGGCUGCUGGAGGUGCCCCCCGGGGAGCGCCUCGCGGCGUACCUGGCGCAGAAGCGGCUGGAGGGGUACCGCAUCGUGGCGUUGGAGCAGACCGACACUUCGGUCCCCGCCCAGGAUUACUCCUUCCACCGAGACACCGUCCUCAUUGUCGGGAACGAGCAGCUCGGAUGCCCAGCGUGGCUCUUGCGCCGCCCGGAACUCAUCCACGACUUCGUCGAGUUGCCCCUCGACGGCGCCUCGCGAUCCCUCAACGCUCACGUCACCGCCAGCGCCAUGGUCUGGCAGUUCCGCUUGCAGACAUACUAA